GGAUACGAUUAGGUCUGUAUGAACACAGACAUAGAAACCUAGUUAUAACUGUUACUAAAAAAAAUAGAGUGGUGUGUGCUACAUUGAUGGUUUCUUUUAUUUCUUAUUACAAUGCAGUACAUGAGUAGGUAGCAUCUUGGUAAUUUUAAUUAGAGUUUCAGCAAUAUAUACUGUAUAUACACUGUACAUUUUUAUAAUAGUGUAACAGUAGUAACAAGAACAAACAUAGCAAUAUAAAUAUGCCCAGUAACAAAGAUUAAGUAGCACUUCUUAAAAGACACAGGAGGAAGGCGGUCCAUGUACCAACAGCAUAUACAGGAGAUGGAAGUGAAUUCAGAAAUGAAUACCAUACAGGUCUAUACUCAGUGCACUGGGUUAUGGCAAAUGACAUAUCUUGUUGCUUUUAUAAUGGCACCAGUGAUGAAAAUCCAUUUCAAAUGGGUGAAGAUAAUGGAAGCCGUGCUAGAAAUUGUGAAAAAACGAACAAAGAUGAGAUGGAAAAUACUGACUUUUCAUUAGAAACAUGUGGUGGAACUAAUACUACAGACAGGACAGCUCAUAAAGCUGAGAAACGUUUCUUUUGCAUUGAUUGCGGGAAAAGCUUCACACGCAAGUCUACUCUUAUAGUCCACCAGAGAAUUCACACUGGGGAAAAGCUUUUUAUGUGCACAGAAUGUGGUAAGAGAUUUGGUCUGAAGUCCUCUCUUGUCAGACACUUGAGGACACACAUACCCAAGACCCUAAACUUUUGUCCUGAUUGUGGCAAAGGUUUUUCUAGAUAUUCUAGUCUUUUCCAGCAUCAGAAAGUUCACAGGCAUGAGAAACUCUAUAAAUGCUGCCACUGUGAGAAAAGCUUCUCUUGCAAUUCUUUACUGGCAGCUCACCAAGCAAUCCAUAUGGCUAAUGAGCUGUCUGAUGGAAAACAACACAGGGAGCAAAUAAGUGACCAAGACAAAAUAAACGAACAUUGUAGAAAAGACAAUAUGGCGGAGCUGCCUGCUUUCAAAGACUCUGCUAGAAGCUUUAUUAGAGAGGAAUCUGGUAUGAGACCUCCACCACCCUACACAGAAAAUUCUACUUUUUUCAGUAAAACAGAGUGUGAGGAGAUCUACAUAAGCAUCAGCUCUCAAGAUGGUGAAACAGAGGUUGAUGAUACUAAACCAGCUAGUAAGAGAAAUAGUUAUGUGAAACCUUGCAAGACCGACAUACAGAAAGAAAAUCAUACAAUGAGUAUAGAGGAAUCUAAAGAUUUAUCAGCGCAGUUGGAAAGGACAACUCAAAAAGAAGAGAAGCGCUUUUUAUGUAUCGACUGUGGAAAAAGCUUCACACGCAAGUCAUCUCUUAUUGUACAUCAAAGAACCCACACUGGCGAGAAACUCUUCAUGUGUACAGAGUGUGGGAAGAGGUUUGGUCUUAAGUCAUCUCUGGUCAGGCAUAUAAGAACGCACAUGCCAAAGACUAUAGAUAUAUGUCCUGAAUGUGGCAAAUGUUUCAGCAGAUACUCUAGUCUUUUUCAACAUCAAAAAUCUCACAGGCUGGAAAAACCCUUUAAAUGUUCUCAGUGUGAGAAAAGUUUUUCUAGGACAUCUCAACUUUUAAUUCAUCAGAAAUGCCACAAGAGCGGGAAGGCAUUUGAUAAAAAAGAACAUAGGGAAAAUGUCAGGUGUCAAACCAAACUCAGAAAUGGUUCUAGAUAUGAUAGAAUUCAGGAGACCCAUGCUUACUCACAAUGUAGCAAAACCUUCAGACAAAAAGAAUCCUUAUUGCUCCACCAAAGAAAACGUACAGUUGAUCAACUUGAUCAAUUUUCAUCUCACCCUGACUCACCAGACACAAAAACUACUACAAAUGAAAAACCAGGAAAUCCCAAAGAUAGCGCAAAGAAAUGGAGCAAAGAACCUGAACCAGAGAAAGCAGAUGGUCUAAAUGGAGAGAAAAGAUGUCUGUGCAUUGAUUGUGGGAAAAGCUUCACACGAAAGUCAUCCCUGAUUGUACAUCAGCGAAUACACACAGGGGAAAAACUCUAUAUGUGCACAGAAUGUGGCAAGAGGUUUGGUUUGAAGUCUUCUCUUGUCAGACACGUGAGAACCCACAUUCCCAAAACCCUUAACAUAUGUCCAGAUUGUGGCAAAUGUUUCAGUAGAUAUUCUAGUCUGUUCCAGCACCAGAAAGUUCACAGACGUGACAAACAGUAUAAAUGUUCUCCUUGUGAUAAAAGCUUUUCUCGGCCAUCACAGCUUUUACUUCACCAAAGAAACCACAAAGGAGAAAAACUAGUUGAGAGCAAAGAAUCUGAGGAUAACUGUGCUCAAGAUAAAUACCAUGAACAUACUGGAUCUGAUGCAACUGAGAUGUCCCAUCUGUGUCUGCAGUGUGAUAAAAGCUUCAGUGAAGCAGCUGCUUUAAUCAGACAUAAAAGAAUACACACAGAUAGCAGUGAAUCCAGGACCAAACAUAAGGAUGGAGAGUCCUCACAUGGUCAUUCUGAUUCCCUAGAUAGGAACUCAUCACUUCUGUCAAUACCCAGUAAUGCUGAAGAACAUUUUAAAAUCCCUUCUAAUACCAGCCCCAUCAUUACUAAGCCUAUUUCAGAGAAACAAAGGAGAAAUGGGCUAGAAAAUCAGAAAUGCUCAGAGAAAUUUAGAGACCGAGCAAUAAAAAGAGCUCACGGUGAGAAUCAGCACCUGUGCAGCGAGUGUGGAAAGAACUUUACGCGCAAAUCAUCUCUUAUUGUGCAUCAAAGAAGUCACACAGGGGAGAAACUCUACAUGUGUUCAGAGUGUGGGAAGAGGUUUGGACUGAAGUCCUCGCUUGUCAGACAUCUAAAAACACACAGUGGGCCACCGAUCAAUAUUUGCUCUGAAUGUGGUAUAUACUUCACCCAUUAUUCUGACCUGUUACUACACUUACAAGUCCAUAAAGGUCAACAACAGUUAAAAGUCAGUGAUGUUUCUAAGGAGGAACCUAAAGAGUGCAAGGUUCUCAUAGAAGGCCAUGAAUCUCUGGAGGAAAUUUCCAUACUCAAGGAACAAGAAGUCAGUCGAAGUAGGAUUCAACAUCCACUGAUGGCUGAACCUGUCCAUGUAAAUCAAUUACUGGAUUCAAAAUGUUCUGAUGAUGAUAAGAGAAAUCCAUGUGAAGCAUCUGUGCAGGUGAAGGAAGAACUCCCUGAGAAUAUAUAUACUGGUGAGCAAAACACAGAAGAAGAAAAGAAUGAAGAAUUCCCUGCUUACCCUUAUUUAAUUGACUGGGGAGUUGAAUUUGAUAUUUCAAAACCCCUCAAUGCUGAUGACAACCCUGGGAAGGUGCAGGAAACCUCGAAAAGAAAUGAAAUCCAUUCAGAUAAAGGUAGCACCAUUGGGCAGGAGAUUCCCAGCUUUGAAAUAAAUGUUUGGGGAAGAUCUAAUAGUACUGAGAGACAUUACUGUGGAGACAAACGCUUUUUGUGUAUCGACUGUGGAAAGCGUUUCACACGCAAAUCAUCCCUCAUUGUACACCAGAGAACCCACACAGGGGAAAAGCUGUAUAUGUGUACAGAAUGUGGCAAGAGGUUUGGUCUUAAGUCCUCCCUCGUGAGACAUCAGAGGAUUCACAGCACAGAGUUUUUCACAUGUACUCAGUGUGGCAAAAGCUUCAGGGAUUAUUCUAAGUUUUUACACCACCAGGCAAACCAUACAGGGGAAUGGUCAUAUAGAGAGCCCCAUUUAUCCGUCAACUAGAAGCCCCUGUGCAUUACAAUUACUCUUAACCUCAGCUUUAAACUAUUUUGAAAGAGAAUUAUAUUGCUCACAAAUCAGUUUUUGUAACAACACAAACAUUCUGUGCAGAUGUCUGAAAUGAGCCCCUUGAACAGGGCAACGCUCAGUAUUAAGCCACAAUAGUUCCUUGCAACAUACAAAGCAUUCUUGGAGUAUCUCCCAUACUAUACUUUUAUGGUUUUAAGUCUUGAUGUAAAGAAUGUAAAUAAUGCAUUUGGCUAAAGGCAGCAAAAAAACUUUAUGUUGUGCAGAUAUAUUUUUUGUGCUAUGGCCCCCACACUUGAUUCUAAUUACGACUUGUAAAGCGUUGACAGUUAACUUGCUUUUUUAAGUAUGUGUCUUUUAAAUAUUCUCUCUUUCCACUGUUACAAAAACAAUGUUGAGGAAAUGCCAAAAAAAUGUGUGUUGUUAUUAAUUGCUGGUUAUUAAAACUUUGUGAAGUAUAA